UGCACGCGAUGUCUUGUCUCAUGUUGCGGAACGUUGAAGAGAAAGAAGUUGUGAGGGACAGCAACAUUCGGGGAUACCUUACGGAAACAUUAUGCUAACAACUACGAUCCUCGUCUGUGCUAUGGUAAAGAAGACACGCUUGUGUUUCAAGCCACGAGCGAGCACUACAAGAAUCAUGCUAUUUCUGGCAGUGACGACUCUAGUGAGUAUAUUCAGCAUAUUUUCGCUCAACACAAUGAAGAAGCAGGCGGCGGCCGUAAGCCCAAUGCCAGCACCGACCAAGGCUUCAAGAUCCUUACUACCAUCCGAACAAGUCCACGUGAAUACUAGUAGCGGACUCGUUCGCGGGACCUUUAUAAAACUAGAAAACAACGGUGUGCUGGUCAGGGCCUUUCUCGGAAUCCCGUUCGGCUCGGACACCGGAGGCGAGAAUCGAUUCCGAAGACCAGUCCCAGUCGCGCCCUGGAAUGGAACCUACAACGCCGCGAAGAAACGACCGCCUUGCGUCCAGGAAUCGUACAAUCCUAAAGGUAUGCAUAUUGGCAACGCGAACACGACGGAAGACUGCCUUCACCUCAACAUCUGGGCGCCAGUUAUGAAUUGCAACACGGGAUUUACGCCACAUGGCCAGUGCUCGGACAAGAAGGUUGUGAUGAUGUACAUAUACGGCGGUUCAUUUAUGCACGGCGGUAACAGCUACUUCUUCUAUGACGGACGCUACAUAACUGGUUUCGGCGACGUUAUCGUUGUGGUUCCGAACUACCGCCUAGGAGUCCUGGGCUUCUUGAACGCGGGGGUGCCCGACGCCCCGGGGAAUGUGGCGCUUCACGACCAAAUCCUCGCUCUGAAGUGGGUGAAGCGAAACAUAGCAGCUUUCGGCGGCGAUCCCCUUCAAGUGGUCCUCUUCGGCCAAAGUGCAGGAGCGAUAUCUGUCGGAUACCUUCAGCUCUCGCCUUUAACGAGGCAUCUUUUUAAGCGAGCCAUCUUGCAGAGCUGCUCCGCUUUAGUGCCAAUGCCCGACAACAGCAACGACACCGGCAUCGAAAACAUGAAGGCUAUCGCUGCGGCAACCAACUGCAGUGCCACGGACACGGACGGCGUCUUCUCGGUGAACAUGACACUGGAAUGCCUACGCGGAGUAGAGGCAAAAAAGCUGGCCAGCAUUAAAAUUGCUCCGUUCUACCCGAGCUUCCACGACCAAAUUUUAAAUAAAUCGCCCGCCACGAUACUGAAGAUGGUCGAAACGUUCGACGGUAAAGAUAUCUUACUGGGCAACACAAUGCGAGAAGGAGACAUGAUGUUUGAGUCGACGUUUCGUCGCAACUUGACGUCUGGGGUGAAGUUAACGAUGUCCGCAAUAGCCAGGGCGUACAAGUUCAUAUACAGAAGGACCAGUUUCAGUCAGGCCCUUCUCAUGCUUGCGCAUAUGCAUGGCCUAUACGACUUCGCAGAUUCUACAUACAGAGGGUUCCGAGAUGCGAUCGGUGAUGUCUUGUUCAACUGCCCAACAAAAUUAUUCGCAGACAUCUUCACGGCAAAGAAAGGUCACGCCUUCUACUACGUCUUGGCUUACCGGCCGUCAUUCAGCGUCUGGGACUCGCCGACUGCAACGCACUCAGACGACGUCUCAUUAAUUUUCGGACUGCCAUUUUUGUUGCGUAACCUCUCGAAGGACUCCGAACGCCGACUCAGCUUGCGGCUCAUUAAAAUGUGGACAACGUUCGCGAAGACCGGGAAAGUUUACGGCGAGGAUGGGAAGAUGUGGCCAGCGUAUGAGUCUGGUAGAAAUGUGGUCGUGAUCGACUUGAAGAAUCAGACGUAUUUGCACGAAUUCAGGGCUCGACACUGUUCAGCACUGGCGGAUUUUAUAAUGCAUUAAAAUACAUAUUUAAAGUGG